UUUCUCUCAUUAACCUUUUGUGGACUUUUGUAUAUGCUCGAACUUUUAAAAUUAUCCGGCUUAUUGUUAUCGAAAACAAAGGGAUUAUGGUACUGCUUUGAAUUGGCUACUUUGGGACAAGGAACGAACCAGUUGAGUGCUCUACAAAGAUUAAAAAAUGUUGCUAUUUUCUGUUCGCAAUUUUUCCACUUCUCGGAUUUCGCGCGCAUCUGCUCUUAAAGAAGUAUUCAUUUUGGAUGCUUGCCGCACACCUAUUGGCUCUUUUCGUUCACAACUUGCUUCUCUACCAGCCCCUUCAUUAGCUUCUGUUUGCAUUAAAGAGCUUAUAAAAAGGACAAAUAUUCCGGCGAAGGAAAUACAAGAGGUUUUUCUUGGGCAAGUCUGUCAAGCAAAUGUUGGACAAGCUCCUGCAAGACAAGCGGCCCUUGGAGCUGGUUUGGAUGUCGGUGUUGCUGUUACAACAAUAAAUAAAGUUUGUAGUUCUGGGUUAAAAUCAAUAAUGCUUGCUGCUCAACAAAUACAGACUGGACACCAAAAUAUUGUAAUUGGGGGAGGAAUGGAAUCAAUGAGCCAAGUUCCGUAUUAUUUGGAACGGGGAGAACUUCCAUAUGGAGGAGCGAAAUUAAUUGUAUUUUUAUUUUUUUAUACAAAAAUUAAAUUUUCUGUCAUUUUGUGGAAUUCUGAAUUUUUUCCACAAAAUUUUGUCCACGAUUUAAUUUUUUUCAAUUUUUCCACAACUCUAAAAAAUUUUGGCUGUAGUUUAGUCGAGGGCCUGCACCGAACCGGGACAAAUGAUAUGUCAAUGGAUUCGUCUCGGCGAGCUGAGUCGAACGGUACCACUCUCCAGGUGCGGAAAUGCCUGUGGACCGAGAUAUAG